AUGGCGAACAACUGGCUCGCCCGAGCCCAGAGCCUCAUCACCCAGUUCGAACAGAAUCCUUCCACAACUGCCCAGGAUCGAACGGCGCUCAUCUAUUUUCUCGAAGCAAGCCCGAUCCGAAAUGUCAAUGACAUGGCCCUCAUUGAUAAUGUUCAGACACGGGUUGAUCUCGCUCAACAAUUUUGGCAACUGACCAAGCGUGGCCCGGAUCUCGUCUUAACGAAGCCUAUCGAGGAUCCACUUCGAAUAGGUGCCGGUAUUGAGGCCGAGUCGAAAGACGAGAGUGUGAGGAGAAGCCGGAGUGAGGCUGACAAGUGUCUAUUGAGGGAUGCUGGCCGGUGUAUUAUUACAGGAGCUCGGUACCCCGAUGCUUGCCACGUUUUCCCUUUCUCUUCCCUAAAGGAGCCCCAUAAGACCUCUAAUUGUCUCCAAGCGACUCUUUUCAGCCUUUGGGGACGCCAUCAGGAGGAACGCAUAAGCCACCUACUCGUCGGUGAUCAAAACAUUGUCGACACUGCCCAAAAUAUGCUCGCAUUAAGCCCCAGCCUACAUCGACUGUGGGGGAAGGCUGUGUUUGGCCUUGAGCCCAUCGCCCAACUUGAUAAUGGAGUCAGGUUGAGAUUCCGCUGGUUGAAGAAAACUGGUCUUGCUCUCGGUCAGAGGAUGCCGGAGAUCUUUGACCCUGACGAAUUGCUGGCAUCACCCGAUGGCCCAGGCAGUGUCAACGUGAGACAUUUGGUCACAGGCCGACCCAUCCUUGACGGAGAAAUCAUCGAUGUUACGUCCUCCGACAAGUCCUCGCGUCCCAAUUACGAGAUUUUACUGUUGCAAUGGGACCUAAUUAAGAUGGUGUCCUUAAGCGGGGCCGCAGAGGCCAUGGAAGAUCCAUCUUGGGAUCCAAAACCCGACGAUCCCUUCUCUUGGUUCCCAGUCUCGGGUCCAUCUGGGUUUGAAGAGUCCCGCGCUGCCCAAGAAUCCCCUGAGAGCCGCACAGUGCCCCCUGAGCCUGAGCCGCGAACUCCUUCCUUUUAG